AUGGGCCUUAGCAAGUUUUUGUUCCUCUCCAAAUGUGUCCCCUUGGACCCUUUGUUACCCUUCCGAUAUUUAAAUGUUAUUGAAGAUCCUUUAGUGGGUUGUAGUCAGUUGGGUGGGGACCAACCACAUUCAGUAAUAGUCAGCAUCUUCAGUACUCAUCUAGCACUGUUUGGUAUCUCCCCAAAGCUUCCAAAUACCUUUCUUGGACUCUAG